GGUCAGAGUCUCGACCCCUAACGUGUCUUACAGGUCAGAGUCACCGCCCCCAACGUCUCUUACAGGUCAGAGUCUCGGCCCCUAACAUCUCCAACAGGUCAGAGUCUCGGCCCCUAACAUCUCCUACAGGUCAGAGCCAACUCCAGAGGGGAGAGGAGGAAGGUGCACUGGACUGGAGGGUCAUGUUUUGUUUUGACUGACACUAACGUGGACUCAAACCCUUUACAUUACAGUCAAAUCAUUUGUUUUUUACAAGUAGGCCUACUAGACUUGUAGGUAGAAAAUCAUUUUAUUCAGGGUGAAAUUGACAUGGAUUUACCAAUACCGUCUCACUCAGAACAGUCUUGCCUAAUGUAACAGUACCACAAUGUCAUGGGAGAGAGGACUGUAGGGUUAAAGUCUUUUGUUGAUGUGGAUACAGUGAAAAUAGGCCAAGGGCCAAACCGGACAAUGGGACCCUUGUCUGCGCAAACUUUUGCACGUCUUCCUGUAAUGAGCAAACAUAAAAGCUACAACUACUGAUACUAUUCUGGAACAGUGCCAUCUGAACUAUAUCUCAGGAACGAAACCACAAAGUCGUAUGCAAAUUCUAGCCUGGUUCCCAUCGGUUCUUGCUGUUUUGCCAUUUCCUGUAGUGGAGGUGAAAAGUUAUUUGAAAUUCGCAGCCUAGUUGUCAUAGUAGAUCUUUUAACCUCUCCUUUAUGUGACUAAGUGAUUACUAACAUUAGCCUCCUCUAUACCCCUCUUUAUAUACAUUAUCUCUCCUCUAUCCAUGUAAUGAUUGACAGAUCCUUGUGAAGGAGCAGAUCAGUCUCUGUGUCUGUGUCUCUGCUGAGUCACUGCAAGCUGGAAGGAGCACUAGACUAGCGGAGCAGACGACAGCAGAGCACCAUGACCUACCGGAUGUUUGAGGAGAAACACCAUGCCUCCAUCUACCAGAGGUACCACUUUGUACCCCCAGAGGAGAUCAGAGACAUCAUCCUGCAUUACCUGGAAAGGAAGAUCCUAGUGAAGGAGCAGAUCAGUCUCUGUGUCUGAGUCACUGCAAGCUGGAAGGAGCACUAGGCUAGAGGAGCAGACGACAGCAGAGCACCAUGACCUACCGCAUGUUUGAGGAGAAACACCAUGCCUCCAUCUACCAGAGGUACCGCUUUGUACCCCCAGAGGAGAUCAGAGACAUCAUCCUGCAUUACCUGGAAAGGAAGAAUGUCCAGCCUCAUGCCCUAGCUGUGGACCUGGGCUGUGGGACAGGGCAGAACUCACGCCUGAUGGCCCCACACUUCCAGGAAGUGGUGGGCAUUGACAUCAGCGAGUGCCAACUGGAGGAGGCCAGGGCAGUGGCAGGAUUCAACAACAUCACCUACAGGAAAGGGACAGCUGAGGAGCUGCCGUUUCCGGAUGCUUCUGUGGACCUACUGACUGCAGCCUCAGCGGUCCAUUGGUUUGACCAGCAGCGGUUCCUCUUGGAGGCAGGCCGGGUCCUGAAGCCUUGUGGCUGCAUGGCUCUGCUUGGCUUUGAUGAUAACUUCAGACUCCAUUACGGCUCAUGUGGGGACAGACUCACUGACAUCUGUGAUGAGUUCAAGAAGGUGCUGUUACCAUACACCAGCACACAGGUAACAAUGGCCAACAUCAAACUACAGGAGCUUUACACUGCUAUCCCCUUCCCUGACAAAGAGAGGGUUGAGUGUAUCCCACUGAAGCAGCAGAUCUCAGUGAGGAACAUAGUGGGCUUCAUGGAGUCCUUCUCCAUGUACCAGGCCUUCCAGAGGGCCGAGCCUGAUGCUGCCACCGCACUGCUGCAGAGAACACUUGACAGGUUUCUGAAGGAGAUGGGAGUCACAUCACCAGACACACUCAUGGAAGUGACGCUGGAGUAUUUCUGUGUCCUGGCGUCUAAACCGGAGUGAACACUCUUUACAGUGGGAAUGUGUUUGUGUGUAGACAGAUGUUUCUUAAGCUUGUAUCAAUCAUGUUUAAGGUGUUGAUAAGUAGUCUUCUGUUCACAUAAGAUGUCAUUGAAGUCCCUUUGGUUGUCUCUUUUAUGAAUUGUAAUGUAGAGCAAACUAUUAGCAUUAGUCACAUCAUUAUCAAAAUGGUUGCCACAUUUAGUAUCUUCCUUGCCUGAGAUUUACAAUAAAAUGUAUGCAGACACAA